AUGUCUCAAGAUACACUGGACGUUAAGGAACGUGCAAAGAGAAAUAGAGAGAAAGCUUUACUUUUAAGAAAAGCGAAAAUCGUGUCUCAUCCCUAUUUAAGGGGAGAGAAUGGAGAUUCAGCAAAUGGCAAAACAAAGAAAGUACAAGUGCAACGUGUGAUAGACAGUGGUGGUGGUUUUCUUAUAGAAGAAAAUGAUGAUUUAGAAGAACAAAUGAUAAAAAUAACAUCAAUCCCUGCUCCUAUUAUUACUGAUUUACCUCAAUGUGAUGAAUGUAAAACUGAGUUUAAGGACUCCUACCUGUUACAAACUUUCAAUUUAAGUGUAUGUGAUAACUGCAGGGAUUCGCAGGGAAAGCAUUCUUUAAUUACAAAAACUGAAGCCAAACAGGAGUACUUAUUAAAGGAUUGUGAUUUCGAAAAAAGAGAACCUCCAUUGAAGUGUAUUAUAAGAAAAAAUCCCCACAAUGUGAAUUGGGGUGACAUGAAAUUAUAUCUGCAUUUACAAGUGGAACAGAGGGCAUUAGAAGUUUGGGGCUCAGAAGAGAAAUUAAUAAAGGAAAAGGAGCUACGUGAUAUUAAACGGGAAGGAACUAAAAUUAAAAAAUUUAAUAAAAAGAUCAAACAAUUGCGAAUGGAAGUUAGAAGCUCAUUGUAUAAUAAAACAUCAAAGGCUUCUCAUACACACGAAUUUGGAGAAGACACAUAUAAUGAGGAUGAUGAUACAUAUACACAUACUUGCACCACUUGUGGUUAUGAGGAAACUUAUGAGAAAAUGUAAAAUUUAGAUUUGUAGUUAAUUUCUUAGAGGUAUCUUAUUAGGCUGUGUUAUAUCAAUUUCUUCAUACCUAGGCAUGCAUAGUGAAAGAAAAUUAAUAUCUAAUUUGUUGUAUCAAUAAUUUAUUAU